UUUGGAUCAUUAAAAGAUUAUUUGAGAUUUUUACUCACAGUUAAGUAGGUUUGAUGAAUUAGUUACGUGUCAGCCCAAUAAGAACAAAUGAGCCGGAGAAUAAAAGGGCCCACAAUUUAAAGUCAACAAAGGUCUUUAAAUAAACAAUCAAACGAGGAAACUAAUUUCGCGCUCUCUCCUGAUCUCACUAUCUCGUUUCACUUGCUGUUUCUCAAACUUUCUCUCUCUCUCUUUCUUUCAUCUCCAAGAACGCCAUUUCACAUCGAAUCCGUCUUCUUCCCUAUCCUGGCGAGAAACAUGGAUCCUUUCAAUCCAUACCGUGCGGUUGGUAACAAAGUCAAGGAAUGCAUUGACAAGUACCUGAUGAGUAAGGAAGAAACUGAGAGAUAUCUAGAGGAUCAGCAAGGAAUCACACGUCAAGAUACCAACAUGGCUUGGAUUAUUCUUGAACGAAUGCAUCCAGAUUUAUUCACAUCAUACUAUGCAAGAAUCCAUGAGCGCAAUGCGAGGACCCGUGAGCGCGUUUCAUCAACUUCACCACGAGAGAGAGCUUCAGCUAUACUGGGAGGGCAAGAGCAACAACGUCUAUCUCCUGCUCGCCGCUCAUUGUUGCCUGAUUCAAAUGUUCCUGAUGCAUCACCACAAGAAGCUAAUGCUGUUUAUCCUACAAGUCAAGCGGGAACUUCCAUAGCUUCUAAUGCUUUGGGCCAUAUUAUCAAACUACUGUCUGAUGGUCAUGGACUUGGUCCACAUCCUUCUGCUACGGGAUCCUUGAAGAGAAAGCAAGUUGGUGGUGAGAAUGAAGCGAGAGGCGAAAAUGAAGAAGGAGAGAAACUGAAAGAGAAUGAGAGAGAUGGCAAUAAUGAAGAGGCAGAGAAGCAGAUCAUGGAGAAAGAGGAAUGUAACGAUGAAGAAGCAGAGAAGCCAAAGGAGAAAGAGGAAGGUAGCGAUGAAAAACUGCAGAAGAAUGAGGAAGGUGACAAUGAAGGACUGCAGAAAAAAAACGAAGGUGACAAUGAAGAAUUGCAAGAAGCUGCAUGAUCAGAAUCUAGAAAGGUUACAAACGCAUGGACAGUUCUUAUAUUAGCGUAGUUUUUUGAUUUACAGAAUAUAUUGCAGAGGACACAAACCUGUUAGUAUGAUUUCUUUCUUUCUUAUUGUCAUCAUAGACACUACAGUUAGCUAUUGCCAGAAUAUAUUGUAGAGACAUGCUGGUAUGAUGCUUAAACAUUGGGGAUAAGAAAUGUUAUUUGUUUCUUGUUGGUUUUGUUGAGGCUUUGUCUUGUUGGUCUUAGACCCACAUCUAU